AUGAUAGAUAUAUCUGAGCUACCUGACUCAUUUUGGUUUACUAAUGAGAGAACAAUUGAUAGAGAUAAAGUGUUCUUCAACGCAAAAGAUGCAAACAGAAGUGGUCCUCAGACAUUCACUUGCCAGAAUGUACAGAUAGGAUGUGCUCCUCGGUGGUGUUGGCCCUAUAGAUAUUCCAAGAAUGGGAGAAUUCAAUAUAUUAAUAGUAUUAAGAGGGAUCCUAACAUGGAGUUAAAAUCCUAUGCACCAGAAGAAGUAAUAAAAGAGGUAUUAGAACCUGCAAUACGGCGUGAAAAAGAUCCUGAAACAUUAGAUGAUUCAGAUUUGGAUAUAUUAGUUGAUGAUGAAGAUAGCCCACUCCCAGAUGUAGAUGAUAUGGUGGCAGAACAACAUGAUGAGUCGCAGAAUGACAAUAAUAUGACAGAAAAAUUAGAUUUUAUUGAUACUCAUUUGAUAGUGGGUGAUGACUCCUUUCAUUUGAAUGGAAGUAUACAUAUCACAAAAAUAAGAGAUAACAUAAAUGACUGUAAAGUGUUUAGAUUGGAUGAACGGACCGACAUAUUACUCAUUGCUCAAAGAAAAGGCCUUCUAAUAUCGAUUAUCCCUUCCAUCGAAAAUAAUGAGCAAUCUAAGAUUAUUCAAUAUUGGAACUUGGGUUCAAACGGUAAUUGGAAUAUUGUCAAACAUGACAGCAACAAGGAGUUCGUUGUAGUCGACGAAGACAAUCGUGUCAUCAAAUUUUUCAAGUUCGAUAAUAAUUAUAGGUUUCAAUUAACAAAUAAUCUGCUAUUAGAUGAUUACAAGAUUAUGCCAGUGACGUUUUUCCCAUCAAUAAGCGAUUCACAUUUCCUUCUUUUCGUUCCAACAAUAAGGUUUCAAAGAAUCGUCUACCUAUGCAUCGAAUGGGAUAGUGAAGCAAACGUAGAGGAACAGAAGAAGCAUGUACAUCAACUAACUUAUUUGAAUGGUGAACAGAUUAACGGAACAAUCCCAUUAGACACAAAUAAAUGUCUUGUCUUCUCGAAUAAUUCAAUAUCAAUGGUUUCAGCUAAUCAAAUAAUGUCAGGCGAGACGUCUUUCUUUAAUGUCAAGCUGUCUAGAUUUUUGAAAGGCUUAAUGUCAUGGUUCAGUGCUCCCAGCUUUUUAUCAAGACUACAGAAGCUGAAUCCCAAAGAUUUUCAGCAUUACACCUACUGUAAUAUACUCUUCACAACAACAGGGUUUAUACAUUGUUGCCUUACUAAUGAAUCCAACAUAAAUUUCAUUCCACUGGCAAGAUUGAAAGGACUAAAAACCAUGGCUCCAGUCUCGGAAGAAACGUUAAGCACUCUCUCAGAAACUAACUAUGAAUUUAUGGUUACAAGCUUUAAUAAAACGAUACAAAUCAGACUUGAUUUGUUGACUCUACUCAAGUACCCAACCUCUUCGAAUGCUAUACCAAAUAUCAACAUUAUCUUGAGCAGAAAGACAAUUGAUGUAAGCGCUGAUAAUAAUACUGAACUUGCAAAAAUUAAUCUCAAAAAUCAAACCUCCUCAAUAUGGACAUUUGCACCAUCUUCCAUUUCUCAAGUUGACACUCUCAAUAUGCGUAGAGUCACUGAAGUUACAAGUAACCUUAGCCGCUUCAAACUCUAUAAUAUCAUGAAAAUUAUCAAGAUUAAUUAUAGUGAUCAUUGGGUCAACUUUUUAGGCAUCGAUCCAAUAGCAAAUUCAGAUUAUGUCAUAAUUUAUGCUACUGACAACGCCAAUAUUUUCAACAUCUAUUUGCUAAUUAUACCCUUGGAUGAAAAGGAAGUUAGCAUAAUUGAAUUAGAUGACUUGCUUGAUUCUGAGCUGGCAGAUAACAUUUUAUUAGAUGUUCAUAAAAAUGCAUGUUUAAUUCACGUCCAAAAAAAAAGAGUGACAUUUGAGUUAAUCAAUGAUGUUGGUGAUGAAAUGAAGUAUUUUGUUCCAGGCUGGGACGAGGGAAUUGAUGGCGCAUUCUAUAAAGAUGACAAACUCAUCGUUUGGAGUGUAAGAGACAAUAGAGUGUUGUAUUUAGAUAGUAUUGACGAUAGUUUAAGAGCUGCUGAGGAUUUAAUUCCAUUAAAGGAGUCCAGCACCUUUCACGACUUUUUACUGGCUAGAACUGACGAGACAGUCAAAUUCUCGAUAGAUAAAACCAAUGAGGACAUAAUUGUGGUUAUUUUGACGACGUAUGAUGGCAUACACAUCGUAGAUUGGAAUCAUUUCAUUCGCGGGGAAACCAAAUAUAUUUCUUCAAGGAAAACUCCCGUCAAAGACCUUGUCAUUUUAGAAAAUACAUUUGUCUAUCUAUCUCAGGGAACAGUUCUUCAAUGUACAGAUAAGGUUUCUGUUCUUUCUAGUCAAGGUGAUAUCAACGUACCAAAAUUACCGUUUACAGCUGGCAAGGACUUACAGCUCAGGAAAAUGAACUCCAAUUCGGUUUUAGCAUUUUCUGAUAAUAAAGUUGUUAUGUUAGAGUUUCCAUAUGACAAGAGACCCAUAAUGUAUGAAAUAAAGUUACCAUACCAGGGAAAGUUGAAUCCGAUAAUGAAUAUUGAAACUGAUGCAAACAACAAGAUUUUCAUUCUAUAUGCCGAUGGCAUGAAAGUAUAUGAGUUAUCAUCAUUCACUAAAUUGAAAAAUAAUUAUUUAUUGAGAUACACCAAGAGUAAUAAUAAAAAAUUUCUAUACUUGUCCAAGAUUAAUAGGUUACUUGUCGUUACCCUAGAUCAUAAGGAUUGGAAUUGUGUCAAAUUAGAAAACGGAAAAGUGCUGAACUUGCCUACAGAUAUAUUCGACGCUCAACGGAAACUUCUCAAUGUUGUCGAAUUGCCAUUCGAGAAUAAAGAAAAUAUAAUGUUAUUGUUUGUUUUUGAAGAUAUGAUUGAAUUGGUAAGGAUUAUUCCAUUGAAGAAUAGGAUAAAAGUAGAAAAAGUGACAGCACAUGAAUUUGACUCAAGAAUUCUUGGUGAUGUAGUUGUCAAUGAGAAGAACAACUCAUUUUAUGUGUUAGAGAUAGGACAGGAUGAUGAUAACUCUAACGGAGAUUCGAAAAUGGAUAAAUUUAUUAAUAUGGAAUUUGAUGAAGAUGAAAACUUGACCAUAUUAAAGGAAUAUAAAUUCUAUGGGAAAGGAAGGGUAAAAAAUUUUAGUAUCAUAGGAGAUAAUAUUGUAGUUACAACAUAUAAGAGAGAUGAAGUAUUUGUCUUCCCGAAUUUCUCCAGGAAUGUUGACCAGGAGGACAAAAUCAAAAAUGGUAUUAUUAAAAGUUUGUCAUUACCGCAAAAUUGCAGUGUGAUUGGCGUGGAAAAGAUUAACGAAUGUAUAGUUGCAGUUAUAGUGCAUAUCGAAGGAAGGGUUGAAUUCUUGUCGCGCAUUCUAUUCUACUAUUUUGACGACACUUUUAUCUGGGAUGCAGACACAAUUAAUAGUAUGCCAUCAACCUAUGAGACAAAUCAUCACGAUGACGCUCAUCUCUCUGUAUUUGAUAGCGUUGAACCAGCAAUGACAGUAGAGAAUGACGAUCUACCGGCAAUAUCUCAAGCACCAAAUCUCGAAACCGAAAUGGACCUACAUCAAUUCAAUCUAGACGAUAUAGAUGAAAAUUUAGUAGACGAACUUGAUUUUCCUUACAGUGUUGAGAAUGACGUCAGCUAUCCAUGUAGUAAACCAAGACCAGCUCCAAUGACUAUGGCCUACGAUAGCAUAGAUUUUGACAGGUCCAUCAGGAAUGUCAGUUACGACAGGCAGACACAGACUUUACUUGUAUUGACUUUUGACCAAACAAUCAUUGAAUUUGCAAUGGGUAAGAAUGCCAAAAUAUCGCACAGGAAAAGCGAGCUUGCCAUAAUAAAGAAAGCGCAGGAAAAUAACGGCUACUAUAUCCCACCCACCAUGCCUACAAUCAGGAACAUCACGGGUGUGCCAAUGACUGAUAUUGAUGAUUUUGGUAGAUUAAAUUUGGAUUGA